UCGACAAGCUAUAAAGAGCAACGAUCCAGUCAUCCUCAACACUGUCUUCAACCAUAAUGCCACCGAGCGGGUGCUCAACGAGUACCAACAUUAUCCUUUCGACCUUCCGAUGGGGCCGACUUAUAUCACCCGAGGUUCUAACUGUCUGCCUAGAUAGACAGUUGCUCACUAUUGAGGGCUUCUAUUGCCUAAACAAGAACGAUGAAGCAUUGUCUAUUCUUCAUUGGACGAUCGCGACAGGCAAUGUGCCGCUCACGUUAACGGUACUCCAAAAGUACCUCGAUGACAGCUUUGGGUUCUGUAGCCGAGCCGACGCCAUGUUCCGGAUAGCCGUCUGGUCAAACAAUGUAGACACGGUCCAGGUGCUGUUGGAUCACGGAUUUGAUCCUGAAGGCGGGAACUGUGGCAUGCGCGAUAAGAGCACGUUUGAGCUUGCUCGACGUGGCUGUCUCUCGCCUGGGCUACGAGACAGUCUCGGCGAAGAAGUGGGCAGAAGGGGAAGAGUAUUACAUGCCUGAGCGAUACGACUGGAACUCUGACACCCAGGAGGACGAGCUGGUAGCAUACUCUCUCACACCUAAUGAGAAAAGAGUCUUUUUUAAUACGUUUGGCUUUCAGGAGUUGACACUAGUAGCAGGCGAGGCAGGGAUUUGACGUGGGUCA